ACUAUCUUCUUCCUCAACCAUUUUCUAUCUCAUUCAAGUAUUACAUCAAACAAGUUUUGUAAUCAGAGAAAGCUUCAAUUAAUUACAUUAUCACAUUUUCAAUAUUAUGGCUAGAGCAGCACAACGAUAUAGAGGAGUUCGACAGAGACAUUGGGGUUCUUGGGUCUCUGAAAUUCGCCAUCCAUUACUGAAAACCAGAAUUUGGUUAGGCACAUUUGAGACAGCAGAAGAUGCAGCAAGAGCAUAUGAUGAAGCAGCAAGGCUAAUGUGUGGUCCAAGAGCCAGAACCAAUUUCCCAUACAACCCAAACAUUCCACAGACAUCUUCCUCUAAGAUUCUCUCAUCUACUUUGACAGCCAAGUUACACAAAUGCUACAUGGCUUCACUUCAAAUGGCCAAAACCUCAGCACAAGAACAGAAGAUAUUUCAAUCUUCCCUACAUGUUAAUGUAGCAAAAAAUGCACCCAUUCAAGAACCUGUUAAUUCCUAUGAAAUGAAACAACAAAUGCUGGUGUCAAAGCCAUCAGUACUAUUGACACAUCAUCAUGAGGAAGCAGCCAACUUGGGAGUAAUUAAGAAAGUUGAAGAUAAUGUGGAGGGCAUACCACAAUUUGUCAAGCCACUUGAAGAUGAUCACAUAGAACAAAUGAUUGAAGAAUUGUUGGAUUAUGGGUCCAUUGAGCUUUGCUCUAAUGUUCCUUCUCACUAAACUCUUUUUAUAAACUGGUGUGAACUCUCGACUAUUUCAACGAAAAUUUGCUAUUUUUGAGCAGCACAAGUAUCAGGUAACUCAGUAAUUAUCUCCUUUCAGGCCUACAUUGCUUAUAUGUACUAGAAAGUUACCCAUUUUGCUAAUUUAACCUCAUUGGUAUAAGUCUUAUUCAUUAGCCUUUCUCUGUCUAAAAUAUAUGUAUUAUUAGCAGGUAGGCAUUUCCUUCUCUUCGGUUCCUAGAGUUAUUGCUUUAAGAGAACCUUCUAUUAGUUGUAAAAUGAUGUAACAUGUAUCUCCAGUGUAAUAUAAUCUUUUUCCCUCA